AUGAGCGAAAAGUGUGCGACGAAAUCAUGUGGCGCCGUGGAGACAGAGAUAACUCAAGAUGAUAUGAGAAAAGUGAUCAUGGAAAAGUUCAAUCCUGUCCAUUGCGAAGUGGAUGAUCUGGGAACAUGUGGAACAUCUUAUCAAGUCAUCAUUGUUUCUGAUAUCUUCGAAGGAAAGAAAACCCUAGAAAAGCAUAAGAUCGUCAAUGAAGCUCUCUCCGAGCAGAUUGCUCGUCUCCAUGCCUUCUCCCAAAAAUCAUACACACCUGCGCAAUGGGAAAAGAAACAGGGCCAAGCCUCCUAG